GACAGCCGCCGAGAGAUGCGGCCUGCUGCGACAUGGGCGCCAACACUCAGCCCGCUCGCCGACGCUCCGCGCCGCUGCACCUUGCGCGACCGCUGCCGCUGCUGUUGCCGCUCGCGCUGCUGCUGCUGGUCGUCCAGCCCGCCGCUUCCCACCACAGAGCAGGUCGUCGGCCGCGCCUGCCGGCUUUCGUCAGCGAAGUCGGGGUGCCGCGCGCGCUCGCAGAGCUACAGUUCGAGCGCUGGAACCGCGACCCGGACGCGAACAGCAUCCAGAACGCCAUCGGCAACUUUCACCACGAGUCGCUGUACCCCCGGUUUGCUGAGCCCAUCCCGAACGUGACCGUGACGGUGGGUGGCACCGCUGUCAUGGCUUGCGUCGUGGACAACCUCAGGGGCUACAAGGUGGCGUGGGUGCGGGUGGACACGCAGACCAUCCUGUCGAUCCACCAGCACGUGAUCACGCAGAACCCGCGCAUCUCGCUGUCGCACGGCGACCACCGCUCGUGGCUGCUGCGCGUGCGAGACGUGCACGAGUCGGACCGCGGCUGGUACAUGUGCCAGCUCAACACCGACCCCAUGCGCAGUCGCCAGGGAUACCUGCAGGUGGUCGUGUCGCCGACGCUGGAGGAGCAGUCGGCGCCGUCGGAGGUGGUGGUGCGCGAGUCGCAGGACGUGACGCUGUCGUGCCGCGCCAGGGGACACCCCGAGCCCGCCGUCACCUGGCGUCGCGAGGACGGCGGCACCAUCGCCUACGCCGGCCGCCACGUGCCGGAGGUGCCCAGCGAGGAUCUGCGGCUGGCGUCGGUGAGCCGCCUGCACACGGGCGCCUACCUGUGCAUCGCCAGCAACGGCGUGCCGCCCAGCGCCAGCCGCAGGAUCGUGCUGCGCGUCCAGUUUCCGCCGCUGCUGUCGAUCCCUAACCAGCUGGAGGCGGCCUACCUGGGGCAGGACGUGUCCCUCGAGUGCCACUCGGAGGCGUACCCCGCCUCCAUCAACUACUGGGCCAACGGCCGCGGAGACAUGAUCCUCUCCGGUGACAAAUACGAGGCGGUGACUGUGGACAGCGGCUACCACAAGUAUAUGCUGCUCAAGAUCCGCGCCGUAUCUCCACAGGACUUCGGCGCUUACCGCUGCAUUGCCAGCAAUUCCCUGGGUGAAGCGGACGGCGUCAUCAGACUCGAAGAAAUCCCGGUACCCACAACCAGGUCAACGACGACAGUAGGAUAUAUUACGCUAGCAACAGAAGUUAGGAGGAAAGGUCUGGUGGGUUCUGGAGAAGCUGCGGAUGCCGAGAGCCGCGUCCUGGGCGUUUUCGGCCGCGAGGAGUGGAGGGACUCUGAGUACGGGGACGGCGCUGGCGGCGCGGCGGACAACCUGGCUCAGCCGUCGCGCGGACCCCGAGAGCUGGGCGCCAGGUCCCACAGCGACAGCGCCUGCCUGCCGCCAGGGGCGCUGCCCGCGCUACACGCCGUUCUCGCUCUGCAGCUGCAGCUACUGCUGCUGCGGUGA